UGCAGCGGCUUUAGAUGGGCUCGUGAGUCGUGGUUUGUUGUUUACAGGCCCAUCGAGACUUGUUAAUUCUGAAUUUUUUCAUUGAACUAACUUUGACGUUUUUCUCCCUGAAGACUACAACCUCUAGUGCAACAGUAACACAUUUAUAACUAUAAUUAUAUUAGGACGGGUUGGUUGGUUGGUUGUUGCCCAUAUAAUUAAGUGCGAAACAGAAAACAAAGAGAGAUUGGAGUCUGAGAGGAAAGAAGGGAUAGGCUAAACAGAAGAAUAUCUCUUUCCUCUCUUCAUUUGUUUGAUGGAGAAGAAUACCCAGGAAGCCACGCCGCCGACGACUACAGCCGGCAAGAUCAUAAGAUGCAAAGCCGCGAUAUGUAGAAACCCUGGAGAGGCCCUGGUGGUGGAGGAGAUCGAGGUGGAGCCGCCGAAAGCAUGGGAAGUCCGCCUCAAGAUCCUCUGCACCUCCCUCUGCCACAGUGACGUCACCUUCUGGAACAUGAAACCCCGAGAGUUGUUCCCGAGAAUUCUGGGUCACGAGGCGGUGGGAGUGGUUGAGAGCGUCGGGGAGAAAGUGGAAGGAUGGAGGGAAGGUGAGAGAGCGCUGCCGGUGUUCGCGGCGGACUGCGAGGACUGUCGGGACUGCAGAUCGGCGAAGAGCAACAUAUGCGCCUCCUUCGGCCGGCGGGGUAUGGUUGGGUUGGGGAUGCUCCGAGAUGGGACCAGCCGGUUCCGUGACGGUUCGACCGGCGAGGUUUUGCACCAUUUCCUCGGAGUUUCCAGCUUCUCCGAGUACACGGUGGUGGACGUCGUUAAUUUGGUUAAGAUCGGAGUCGAUAUCCCCGUCGAUAAGGCCUGCUUGCUCAGCUGCGGCGUCUCCACAGGGGUGGGGGCUGCAUGGAAGGCGGCAGAGGUGGAAGAAGGAUCCACCGUCGCCAUUUUCGGACUCGGCGCCGUUGGGCUCGCAGUUGCAGAGGGAGCAAGAAUGCGAGGCGCAUCCAAAAUCAUCGGCGUCGACUUGAAUGCUGAUAAGUUUGAGCUAGGGAAGCAGUUUGGGCUCACUGAUUUCAUCAAUCCUACGACAAUUGGUGAUAAGCGUGUGAGCGAGGUCAUCAAGGAGAUGACACAUGGAGGAGCAGACUAUUGCUUCGAAUGCAUUGGGUUGGCUUCUUUGAUGGCUGAGGCUUUCUCUAGCAGCAGAGAGGGAUGGGGAAAGACAGUGAUAGUGGGGAUCGAAAUGCACGGCGCACCUUUAGUGGUGAGCCCUUACGAGAUAAUUCGAGGGCGGAGCAUUUGUGGCACCUAUUUUGGAGGACUCAAACCCAAAACUCACAUCUCACUCCUUGUCAAGAAAUACUUGGACAAGGAGCUCAACUUGGACCCCUUCAUUACACAUGAAGUUGGAUUGAAAGACAUCAAUAGGGCUUUUGAGUUGCUGGCGGAAGGACAGAGCCUGAGAUGUCUUAUAUGGAUGGAUGGAUGCAAACAACUAACUGUGCCUGCCUGAACUCACCCACCGAAUCAUUCUAUGAGGAUAAAAGCCUCAGAAACUGUUGAAUAAAAGGGUUUUCAUAAACGAUCAUCAAGGACUAUAAUGAUACAAUUCACACAUAUAUACAAUUAUUUGAAUCGUAUGUGCAUGUUGCUCAAAUCCGGAUGGAGGAGGAGAAUCGUAGCAUUACCAACUGCUUUAGUUUUUUGAAAGCGAGAUCAUUCUAAUUAGAGCUAAUACCACUGACACGCUAAAACACAACACCAAACUGUGACCAAGUGCAAUCGCAGUCCGGUAAUGCAGUAAGUGGCAAGCUCUAUUUGUCAACCCGGGAUCUAGAUCUACUUCCUACUCCGUGAUUAUCUAUUAUCUAGCAAGCUAAGUCGAGUGAUUGUUGAUUUUAAGUAAAAGCAGUAAGAAAGCAGGAAAUGGUUCAAAGUUCUUUAGCAAGGGAAGAGUCACUCGGGAAUGAGUCCCCCUAGCUCCUUAGUUAGUUCGAGGUUGUAAUUACCCUGGGUUGAUUAACUGUUGUUAAAAUGCGGAAGAUCCGACAGUAGUUUGGAAUCUCUUAAGCUGACCAAGCCCUCUCAGACAGGCUAACCGGCAGGCGACUAACCUUCACCGGGAUAGACUACUGAGGCAAUAAACACAGAACUCCACUACUGGAAUUGGGUUCCAGUACAAAGCAGUAAAUCGAUUAACUUUGGUAUAACCAAUCUACCACUACCGCUUGAUGAAGCUCUAACAACCUAAUCAAAUUCUAUCUAUCUUAGGUUGCAGCAGAAAUCAAGAAAAGAUGAUCAGACUUCAAUUGACUCAAUGAAUCAUGCAUCAAUCGAUUAUAAGCAAUCAGUAAAACAAUCCCAAGUCAUUACAAUCAAAAUCCCUAACACAUGGAACUAGGGUUCUUCAUACCCAAGUGAGAGAAGGUUCUACUCCAUAGAGAGAGAGGAAAACAGAAAUCAGAGUAGUCAUACUCAUAAAGAUGAGGAAAAUAUGCUAUGGGAUGAUGAUCUCCAAGCUCGAAAAUCACAUCUAGGAUGUGUUCUUCGCACUUUCUCUCUCUACAACUCUGGUUUUUGCUCAGAAACUCGAUUCCCUCUCCUUUGGCUCGAAACUGGGUUAAAACCCAGAAUUUCCAGACCACACGGCCAGGCCACAUGGCCGUGUGGCUUUCCAGUCUGCCCGUGUGGAUGUGAAAACGCCGCGUUUAGAUUAGUGGACUUCAGGCACGCUGCACGGCCAGAGGCACACGGCCGUGUGGAUUUCCAGUCUGGCCAUGUGAGCUCCCUGGACUUUCCACACGGCCACAAGGGGUCCCAUACAUGGCCAGUGUGGCUUGCCCGCGUCAUGGAAUUCCACACGGCCAAGUCACACGGCCGUGUGGAAUUUAGGUCUGCUGUGUGGAAUUUCCGGCUUUUCGUCAAACAUCCCAACUUCGUCCAAUCGACCCCGAACUCGUGCCCAAACCUUCUUUCACGUACUAGGACCUGAAAUAUCACAAACAAGAACAACCUAGCGUGAAAUCGGCCUAAAACAUGAGAGAUGAGACUCAAACGGUACAGAGAUGGUGGAUAAAAACAUGUGUAUAUAUCUAGUCAUCAACCACUACACCAUCUGAAUUAGAGAAAAUGCUACAUCUGUCCUAUUUUUUUCAAUAUGACAAUUCUAUCCCAACAUAUGUGAGACAUUUGUGUCAAGACAUCGUACAUUGACCGUUAGAGAUAACGGCGGACAAAAGUCAAACUGUUAUUGUCUUUGGCUUAUGUGAAAGUUAAUGCCUUUCGGCGAUCAAUCCCUCUCCGGUGUUGGGCGUCUCUGUCCAAGUGACCGGUGGGGGUAUAUGCGAAAAAUUUCAACUUAUAAAUCAGAAUAAGGAAU